AUGACUCUUGUCCAUAUCGUUCUCUUCAAAUUCCGCUCCGAUGUCAGCGACGAGCAUAAAAAGACCUUUGUUACCGAGCUUAAAAAGCUGAAGAAACUCCCCUGCGUUAAGGAUGGACGACUCCUCGUUGGAGGCCCUAGUGUGUCCGAUCCUAUCGAACGCAGCAAAGGGUUCCAAAUCGCCCUGGUGAGCUACCAUGAGAAUUUGGCGGCUUUGACGGAAUACCAAGCAAGUCAAGAGCAUCACUGGGUGACGUCUACUUAUAUGUUUCCGUACAAGGAGGAUUUGGUGCGGUUCGAUUUCGAAGUCGACCCAGAGGAUGAGCCCAUGUGCCAGUUUCUUCCACUGUCUUAG